GGUGAGAUGUAAACGAAAACCACCUGAACUGCGUGGCAGAGUAACUAGAGUCUGAAGCGGUUAGUUGACUGGUCACUGAGGCUUUUGUGAGAAGCUCGAAAAAAUAAAAAUGAACGGAUGGCUGCUUGGUGUUUGCCUUUUGGCACUUUAUACUGCUUGUCAGGCAGAGCUUUUUGUCACAAAAAAAGUUUUUUUUGACAUCAAAAUUGGAGAUGAAAAUGCAGGAAGAAUUGUAAUUGGUUUAUUUGGUGAAGAUGUGCCCAGAACUGUUGAGAAUUUUUACCAGUUAGCUACAGGUCAACCAGGGUUUGGCUACAAAGGAAGCAAAUUUCAUCGAGUUAUUCCUAAUUUCAUGAUUCAAGGUGGUGAUUUUACAAGAGGAGAUGGUACAGGUGGUAAAAGUAUUUAUGGUGAGAGAUUUGAAGAUGAAAAUUUCCAUUUGAAUCAUUAUGGUCCUGGAUGGUUAAGCAUGGCUAAUGCAGGUAAAGAUACAAACGGUUCUCAGUUUUUUAUUACAACUGUUAAGACGGAAUGGCUUGAUGGCCACCAUGUUGUAUUCGGUAAAGUUUUAGAAGGCAUGGAUGUAGUCAGAAAAAUUGAACAAGUUAAAACUGGCCGUUCUGAUAGACCUAACAAUGAUGUUACCAUUGACGAUAGUGGUGUUGUUCAAAUGGGAGAAAAAUUUUCUGUUGAGAGAUCAUAAUGAUGGUUUUCUCGUUAGGUUGAUACUAUAUAGUGCAAUGAACAGGGUUUAUUUGCUUGAGAACCAACUGGCCGUGCCUACUUUAAUGUGUGUGUAUGAUUGCAGAAAAUCUUUCCCAACUGAAAUUUGAUUAUUUUUUUUUUCAUGCUGAUUUUAGAAUUUAUAUUAAAAUUUCACGAAUCUGUGACUCAAACCCCGCAAUCUGUAGGGGAAACACUUUAGUUUAGAAUCAUGGUCAUUCAAAAUCGACCAAAUGCUUCUUUUGGCAUUUUGUUGGUGAUCAUAACUAAAAGUAUUUACUUUAUUGGAAAAAGUACUUUAAAAUUUCUAGUGUGAUAUGAUUAUUAUGAGUUGUAUGAAUGUAGUGAAGUAGAUACAACCAAUUUUAUUAGCAGAUAAACACUUGGGGCUUUAGAUUGUAUUUGUGAUAUUAAUAUUAAUUAUAUAGAAAUUUAUAUUUAAUAUUAAUUAUAUAGAAAUUUAUAUUUAAUAUUAAUUAUAUAGAAAUUUAUAUUUAAUAUUUGUUAUAUAGAAAUAUGAUUGGUAUUAAUUAAAUGGAAAUAUAUUUGAUGUUAUUAUUUAAAAAUAUAAUUGAUAUUGAUAUUGUUGAUAUACAGUACAUGUAUUUGAUAAAUUGAUAUAUCUGAUAAUUAAUAUUGAUAUAUCUGAUAAAUUAAAGUAGCUAAGUCUCUAACUCAAUAUCAUCCAAAACCUUCGACAUUGGAAACACGAAUUAGUUGUUAAUUUUAAUCAACAUUGGUGUUGUGAUCUUACCGAGAAAAGAUGGGCAUCUGAUAUCCAAUAUUUAAGACAAAAUAAACAUUUUACGAUUGGUACACGAAUCGUGUACCAUAAUGCGUUUCAGCACAAUUUGUAACAAGCGACUCGAAGAACGAGGUUAAACAUAUUCCACAAGUCAUGUCAAACCGUGACUUCAUAUUCUUAUCUAGAGAGCAUGCGCAAUAAAUACUAUCGGUGUAGAUUGGAAUAACCAGACGCUAGAGAUUGCCAUUCGAUUGAGACUACUGGCCUAUUUCGCCGAACGGAACUGCUUUGAAAUGUAAAUGACUGAAUGUAAAUCAGUUUAUUUACAUUCAUAUUACAUUAUUAUAUACGUUGCGACCCAUUUGUGCCAAUUUGUAGGUCCCAAAUAUUAGCGAUUUAGCUCCUUUAAUAUUGAUAUAUUUGAUAAAUUAAUAUUGAUAAAUUGAUAUUGAUAUCUAAGGAAAUAUUUUUGAUAAUAGCACUGCUAUUUUGGUUUUGAAAUUAAUCUGGUCCUGAUGUUAACAACAAUAUUUUAUAAAACUAAAGGAAAUUAUAGUCCAAUUUCAGUUCGACUGGUAGAACUAGGAGUGGUAGCAUCUAAUACUGUUCUAGGCCCAACUUGUGUCGUAUAAAAAUGUCAUUUAUGUAACUUGGGAUAUUUUUUCUUGCUGUGCUAUUGAGAAAAAUAUGGACCCUUUCUGUGCUAUUAGUGCUAUUAAGAAAAAUAUGGACCUUUUGUGUGCUAUUAAAAAAAAAUAUGGACCUGUAGUGCUAUUAAGAAAAAAAAAAUGGACCUUCGCUGCAUGUCUUGCCAGUAAACUAGUGGAGUAGCAUUUAAUAAUCUGGAGAAUGUUUCAGAAACAAUAAAAUUAUUUGAUCUAUGCAUUUAAUAUAUUUUAUAGCUAUAUGUUAUAUAUUUCUUAACAAGUGGAUAUUAUUUUUUAUGUGUUUAUAUUCACAUUGUCAAGGUGUAAUAAAAGGUGGCUGAUAUAUCAUGAACUUAAAAAGCAUGGAUUUAUUUCUACCUAAAUGUCUAGUCAUUUUGUAUCAAAAUAGUGCCUUUGUUUUAAUGACAUUUUGUACUUAAGCUGGAAAAACACUCAUCUUCAUUCCCUAGGCCAAAAUAGUUCAUGUGGGUUUUUCCAAAGUUAAAAUUGUUAGCUAUGUGAUAUAAGGUGUUCUAGACAAGUUACAUUUGUACUUAUAUAUGAUAUUUUAGAAAGUUGUUUGUUAUGCAUCUUUUGUAAAUUUAACAUACUCCCCCCAAAAAACAUCAAUGCCUUCCCAUUAAAUAGCUUGCAUCCUUCCUGAUUGCUUAAAUAACCCUCUGCUAUCCUAAUAGUAACUAAUAGCUCCUUUGCCAAAGUUUAGACUUUUAUUGAUAGUUUUUAUACAUAAUAUAAGCUGUUUCAAUGUCAUUUAGUUCUUGAACUAGAUCCACAGUUGACCAAUUGUAAGGAACUACAAUUCCUGUCUGUUAUUGAUCAACAUUCUGACUACAUGAAUAAUUCAUUAUCUUAAGAAAAAGUCUAAAAAAUGCUAGUCAGGACAUUGCUCAAAGAUGAACAGCAAUUGUAUUUCUUACAAAUGCUCUGGUCUGGUGUCUAGAUAAGAAGCUAUUUAAUACUAUAUGGAUAGCAAGAAGAUGUUAUGGCUGUCUUGAGUAUUAUUAUGUAUGACAUACUCAUUGUUAUUAUAUAAGUUUUAUAAUGCUUUCCAUAUUCCUACCAUUGUAAUCAUGUUAAGCCUAGAUCACAAUCCGCUGUACGUGUUUUGACACGCUCGGGUUGUAGGGUUUGGUAGAUCGCAAACCAGCCACAGGAAACCGGGUAAAAAUGUGCAGGACCAAAAGUCUCUACGACCAGUCUGUGAUCUUAAACGGUGCCGAACACACGCAAGUGAUGUGUAAGACUCACACACGGUUUUACUAAAAUUCCCUCUCGUAUUAGCAUGUACGGCAGGUUGUGAGCUAGUCUUUAAAUAUCCCCUCACAGUUAGAUAUCAGAAUAAAAGUAGGCUGGAGCACUAUUGUCCAGGUACAACUUCUGUGCUUAUCAUAUGCCUGUCUUCAUUAGCCAAGUGGUUGCAGAAGAAAAGUAUGAGGUUAAAAACACUUGUUUCAUUUCUACUUUUGUAACCAGUUCCUUUUCUAACAUAAUCUUCCAUUAAACUAACUUUUCACCAACGAAUUUCAACUUACAAUUUAUAUUAAUGUCCAUGCUAUUCUUUUAAUAAACCCAUCAUUCCAUC